AUGUCUGCCAACCAAGACAACCUCUCUCCCAACGGAGACGACCUUUCUGUCGGUCUGGACCGCGUCAAGCUCGAAGAUGGCGAGCCCAGACUCGGACCUGAUGGAGAACCUGCGCCUCGGACCGACGAGGAGUAUGCCCAAGCCCAGCUGACUCUGCGCGCUAUUGUGUCCUCCAAAGAAGCCGGUGUAAUCAUCGGCAAGGGUGGCAAGAAUGUCGCAGAGCUGCGCGACGAGACUGGAGUCAAGGCCGGAGUAAGCAAGGUCGUGCAAGGCGUUCACGACCGCGUUCUGACCAUCACUGGCGGAUGCGACGCCAUCUCUAAGGCGUACAUGGUUGUCGCCCGCGCAUUGUUGGAAGGUGCACCUUCCAUGGGCAUGGGCGGCGUCCUCUCGGGCAACGGAACGCAUCCUAUCAAGCUCCUGAUCUCUCACAACCAGAUGGGCACCAUCAUCGGCCGCCAAGGCCUUAAGAUCAAGCACAUCCAGGAUGUGUCAGGCGUACGCAUGGUUGCGCAGAAGGAAAUGCUGCCACAGUCGACUGAGAGAAUCGUGGAGGUGCAAGGAACACCCGAGGGUAUCCAGAGGGCCAUCUGGGAGAUCUGCAAGUGCCUGGUGGAUGACUGGGAACGUGGUGCGGGUACCGUGCUAUACAACCCCGCUGUGCGCACCGCCCCCACGACUGCCAUCGGCGGCCCAAGUGCAUAUGCCACUGGGCGAGGCGAUUACGCCACCCCAUCCCGCGCCAUCCGCACCGGGAACGGCGCCGACUUCAGCAAUGGCGCGACACCCCGCAGCUUCAACCGCCCAAAUGCUGAGAUCGGUCGCGGCCCACCAACACACGAUGAGAAUGGCGAGGAGAUCCAGACUCAGAACAUCAGCAUUCCUGCUGACAUGGUCGGCUGCAUCAUUGGACGUGCUGGUAGCAAGAUUAGCGAGAUCCGCAAGACCUCUGGUGCGCGCAUCUCUAUCGCGAAAGCUCCUCACGAUGACACCGGCGAGCGGAUGUUCACCAUCAUGGGAAGCGCGAAGGCCAACGAGACGGCCCUGUUCCUUCUCUACGAGAACCUGGAGGCUGAGAAGGUGCGCCGCAGCCAGGCCCCUCCGCUGGAGUAA